AUGAACCAAAAAUAUCUCCAGUAUGAAGCCAAAACCAGCAUUUUCAGAACCUUAUGGGCUAAACCCAACAGAACCUCCUCGGCGGACCUCAUCCACCUCUUUAGCGACUGCAUUCGAGCGGCUUCAUCCAGAACAAAGGAAUAUCUGCUCUUCAGGGACCCAGAGAACAAGUUCCACCCAAGUCCUUCAACCCUAAGCGAGAUCUUUCUGAUGACCUACAUCCAGCACAGCAGCCUGUUGAAUCUCAGCGACACGUUCAACUGCACCGCCAUGACCCAGGAACAGAGGAUACUGUUGGGAGCCCACUGGGUCUGGGCCGUGCUGGAUCAGCCGAGCAAGAACCCCCGGAUCCAGAUCGCGGCCCAGGUUUUUCACCUGCCAGAAAGAACGGAGGAGAACGUGGAGGAACUGUCCUUGGAUAUCUACAGCGACAUCAUGCGCAUGGCCGGGAUGGAUGUGGUGGAGAGAACCCAGGCCGAGAGGAUGGUGGAGUUCUGCUCUUCCAUCGGCAGAGACUGUUACGCGCUUUUUCUCUUCUUCGGUCGACAAAACGACAAAGGAAACAUUUACGGGCUACUAAGCAACAACCUGCAAGCAGCUGUGGGGAAGUGUGUGAGGAUUGAUCAGGUUUUUAUCGAUCACUUCUUCAAAGGUGCGAAAUGCUUUGCCACUUCAAGUGGAAUGAUGCAAGCACUGGUCGGUAAGGAGGGUGACGAUCCUCUGACCAUGCUUGUUAAGUUCACCUAACAGCUGAGCUGUUCUUACUAGAUUCAUUAACAAUUUUUGGGGGGUUUAUUCUAAUGAGCAGCUCACUGCUUGGUAACAGAUGCUUUGAUUGCAGCCCUGGG